UCUUCUUAUAUUCCCUGAUUAACGGCAAAAACUUUAUAACCUUGCAACACUACCGUUUAGUUGUCAAACUGUCAUUCACUUCGUGCAACCGCUAGCGAAAUGUCUGAAAUCGCCGGUGAUAAUUCAAAACCACGAGUUGUUGUAUUAGGAGGCUGCGGCUUCAUCGGUCGGAAUCUGGUGGACUAUUUGAUAUCGAAUGAUUUGGUGAGCGGCCUGCGCGUUGUGGACAAGACUCCGCCGCAGCUGGCGUUUUUAAAUCCGUCUCAUACGAAGAUAUUUGAAGACCCCCGCGUUGAAUACAAAAGUGCCAACUUAAUUAACCCAUCAUCAUGCGCCGCAGCGUUAGAUCCUGGCGACGCUCCGUGGGCAAUAGUCUUCAACUGCGCCGGCGAAACCCGCAUGGGUCAAACGGAAGCGGUUUACGCUGAGGGUAUAUGCACGCUUAGCAGCAAUGUGGCCAAACAAUGCGACCAGCAAGGCGUCAGGCUGGUGGAAAUCUCUAGUGGCACCAUGUAUAGCACUGAAAAGCCGCACAAAGAAGACGGCCCAGUGGACCCGUGGACAACGGAAGGCCGUAUGAAGAAUAGGGUGGAACAAGAGCUGAAGAGCAUGGACACACUCAACUAUACCAUCAUAAGGCCUGCUAUAGUUUAUGGAAUUGGAGACAGGAGGAGUUUGACUCCCCGCCUCCUCCUAGGCGCCAUUUACAAGCACCUAAACGAAACCAUGAAGCUCCUCUGGACAGCUGAUCUCAAAAUGAACACCGUCCACGUUUCCGACGUCUGCCGAGCCAUGUGGGCGCUCGGCAACAAGCCAGACGCGAAUAAGCAAGUGUAUAAUAUCGUCGAUGAGGCUAACAGCACGCAGGGAAGCUUGGCUGAACUAGUUUCUGACAUAUUCAAGAUUAACCAUGAUUAUUAUGGGACUGCUAUCUCAACGUUGGCUAAGAGCGACAUAGCCUCAGUAGCGGAACAAGCGAACGACAAGCACCUCAGCGCUUGGGCCGACAUCUGUCGCCAGCACUCUCUCGCUCACACACCUCUGGAACCCGGUGCCGGCGCUGAGCUACUGUUGAACAAGCAUCUGUGCCUCGAUGGAAGCAAAUACAGGGCCAUAAAUGCUCCAGAGUGCCGAAACCUACUGCUGAGAAGUUAUCUCAGGAUUGCGACGAGCUAUGUUCUGGGCUGCGACACCUGUGCCUGUCGCGCUGCGUUCACGCGACGGACACGCUGCGUGUGCCGCGACCGACGCCAAAGCGGCUGUUACAGGUGCUAGAAGACUACGCUUCCAUGAAUCUCUUCCCCAAGGAACUCCUGCUAUGAUCGCACCAACUUUAAACUCGAAACUCGAACUAAACCGAUUCAACAGAAAACCGUCUUAGAAAUCUUUUAUAAUAUUGCUUGUAGAUUUUGAAUCGUAGCCGUUUUUAUAUCAUAUAAUAGCAAGCCUUCCGGUGCAUAAAAGUGAGUUACUAGCGCCACCUGGUGGUGAGUAGGAGAACUUACAUCUAAGGUGAACAUUUCAGGUUUAUAUUCUUACGCAUUUAAUGGGUGAUAAAGAUUAUGAAGCAUUCCAGUCUGUCUAACACCCCUAAGUUGAAUAAGUUAUAUGAUUAUCUCGCGCUUAAACGACCAAUAGGCAUUCAAAUUUAUGGUCUGCCACCUGUAUAUUAGCGACAUCUAGUAGUGAAUAGGAGAAAACAACUAGCGCUCAUUGCGAUCAUGUUUAUGGCUCAUGGGAAAACAUUGUAAGAAACGUUUAGGUGUACCUUUUACAGUCAAGGAUUUUAAUUUCCUACCUUACAUUCAUAAUUAUAUGAGAUUACUUUUAUAUUCAGUAGGGGUGACCAAAAUAAGAGUCAAACUCCUACUUUGUGUUGUGAAAAUUCAAUUGUGCCUUGACAUAUUUUAUAAGAUUCCGCAAUGUCUUGAAACUUCAACAGGUGCGUUUUGGCAAAAUUAUUAAAAUGAUUCAAAAAUUUAUACAGAACAUAACGAACAAAGUCAGGGCUCAUAUGCUGAAUAACUAGAUCUCUGACAUCAGUCGUGUCCUUUUACUUUAUUUAUAAUGUAAAGUAAUUUCGAUCAAAUAUAUGAACGAUUACGAAGAGUAUAAUUGAACUUUCGAAUGUAUUUUAGACUACAAAUAGUCAACGAGAAGAUAGUCCUUAGUAUUAUGAAGCUCACCCUAAUAUAAGAGUUGAAUUGACGAAGGAAUUUGUAGAUUUAGUCGUGUGUAGGUGCUGUGAUAGAGUGAACUGAUCCUAACCCUUUCAUGGUAUAGUAAAUUCGUAUAUUUCACUUAUAAGCGGUUGGAAAUGUAGUAACGUAAAGUGAACUGUAAGGAGUACCUAUUUUCAAUAGGGUCUGCUUAAUUCAGUGGUGGACAAAGUACGGCCCGCGGGCUGUAUCCGGCUCGCGAAAUAUUUUAUCUGGCCUGCCACCGGUCCUUCAAAACAGGGAUCGGAACCCGUUCCCAAUUACCAUUUGAUAUUGUUCGUAAACCGUUAUAAAUUUCAUUCAGUGUGAACGAAACAAUUUCGAUUACGGUUCUUAUUUCAUUCCCUAAAGUAACGGUUCGUUACAGUAACGUUCAAGUGAACGAACAGAAUUAUUUCGGUUACCAGUAUUCGAAAAGAACAACAUUAUAACGUUCUUAAAACCGAUAUUUUCUGUUCUGAGCCACCCAUCUUUGUAGGUAGCGAGCGUUUCUUUUUGUAAAUGCCGACGCACCGGGCUCGUUCAAAUUCUUGUAAUUGAAAAACCGUUUCAAUUUCGUUCCCACGAACCGUUCUUUAAAGAACGGAUCAUUUAAUUCAGUUCUUCGGAACGGUUCUCACUCAUAAACGUUUGUUCACUGAACGAAAAAGAAUACCGGUUAGUGGAACUAGUAACGCUAAAAUAAUGGUUUAGGGUCAACGAUAGAUAGAUAGAUAGAUAGCGUUUAUUGGUAAAAAAUAGUAUUUUACACGUUAACGUAAGGAACCGUGCCGAAAAAAAUACCGGUAUCCGAUCUCUGUUUCAUGUAAUUCUGGACUGCCUCUAAAAUUUCUCCAAAUUUUGGCCCCCAGUGGCUAAAGUUUGCCCACCUUUCAUGGUAAAGUAGUUUCAUAAUUAUAUGAUACUUAUAAGCAGUUGAAGCUAUAGUAAGCUAAAGUGAACUGUAAAGACUAUUUAACAUUUCCAAUAGAGAUGAGUCUGAUGAAUGAAAACUUCUGAGCAGUAAAAAAAUGAUGUUUUUCGUGGUGCUUUAUUUUUUGGUGCUCUAUUUUUGUUUUCCGUUGCUAAACUUAUUUAUUUUGCCAAAUAUGCCGAACAUUUGACCAUCAUUUUACAACUUUAAAUCUUAUUUGGUUCUUUUCCUUUUUUCCUCAAUGUUCACUCAUAUUUAGACGUUAUUUUUAUCAUCAUUCUUUUUUUCAAAUUUCAACUUUGCACCUACUUGCGAAAACUUGUAUCUAUAAUUAAACACAAAAUGUAGAUACCGAAGAGAAUUGACACUUUAUGGAAUUUCCAAGACAAUAAAUACUAACUAAUAAGAGAAAGACUGCGACGUCCAGAAAGCGAUUUAAAAUGCUUUUACUAAAUUUGCUAAGAUACAAGCGCGAAUCCAGCUUUCAGCAGGGUCACGUGGUAAAGGCCCAGGCCCCAGAGGGGGGUCACGUAGUCUAUUUGUAUGGCCAACCUAGCUUCCAGGGAGGGGGGGCAUGCUAAGAUAUCGAAAUUACGUCUUCAGUCCAUCCAAGUGUACGAAUGUAAGACAAAUUCUUUGUAUGAGAUUAAAUCGACUUUAGAAACUUAAGCUUUUUGGCGAAAUUAUAUAUUUAGGGUAGUCAUAUGCAUUAGAAAUUGUAAUCUUAAUACGUAAUUAUUGAAUAGUACUUAACCUUUUUGAAAUUGUAGUUUACCUUUUGAUCGUCAAGAAUCAUAGUCAUCAGUAAUGCCUAGAAAUGUCAAUAGUAAACUCAGUUUUCUGGUAAAGUAUGAUUUAAGAUUUUCGCUAGAUUUUACACGACUCAAGGUGGAAAAUUGUUCUUAUGAGAUAAAAUUAGUUGUGUACUUUUUGUAUUUUACAUCACAAUUGCAUGUUACCUAGAUUGUAUAAUUAUGUGCUAUACUGCUGUGACAAGUAUUAAGAAUACUGUUAUUAAAUAUAAAAUGUCGUCUAAAGGGCCCUUGAGGUAUAUGUGUAAUGUAGUUUCAAUUUAUUUGUUUUCACAGUAGCCUCGUCUUACCUUUAACUGUACGGACUGGCAAAAAAGAGUAGAAAUGCAAAAGUGACUCAAUAACGACCACAUGCAAACCGAUUUACAAAGAUGGUGGCGCCCCUACUAUUUUGUACUCGUUUUUGCCAGGCUUGAAGUAUAUCAAAAUAAAAAUUCUAUUCCCUUUUCUCUUCUAGACAUUUUAUAUUUUAAAAAUUAAUGUUAACCCUUAAUUGGGCUUAAGGAGUAUAUUUCUCAACCUACUUUGAACUUUAUCUAUCGUUGACAGGUUUCAAAAUUGACAAAAUUUUGAUAUUCUCGUGCCCAUUGGUUAAGGGUUAACUAGGAUCGUCGCUAUAUUUAGCGAAUAGUUUACCAUUUUUCGGUGCAGUGGUAUUAUAGCCAUUUUAGAUUUAGCGCUUCCAUUUUAUGUUAUACCGGGCUAAGCCCGAAACAGGAUUAUUUUUUAUUUUUGAAAAUUACUUAUUCGUGGUUACUUAUUUAUGUUAUAUCAUGUUGAAGGACCCACCCUGUACACUUUUGUAUUUGUGAGACCAUAUGUAUUAUAUAUUGUAUUAUGAAAAUUACGUAUAAUGUUAAUCGCUAGUAAAACUUUUGUUGCUGUUAGCGAUAAUAUUGCGAAAUAAAUAUUUUUAUUUGCAAA